AUGGGAAACUUGUUACAGAAAAAUUCACAGAAACACCAGGAAGAUGAAGAAGAAGAUGAUGAUUCAACCCUCGCCUGUGAGAUAUGCAUUGAACCCAUUUCAUCAAACAAGAAGUUCAAGAACAACCACAACUGUACUCACUCUUUCUGCAUGGACUGCAUGGCCAGCUACAUUCAAGUCAAGGUUGAAGACCAGUACGUCCCCGAUGUAGCAUGCCCUGCCUUAGACUGUGGCCAUCUCUUAGACCCUCUCCAUUACCUGCCUAUCCUUCCGGCAAAACUCUUCACUAAGUGGUCCGACCUCCUCUGCGAGAAGGUGGUCCUUCUAGGGUUUGAAAGAUGCUACUGCCCUAACCAAACUUGCUCAGUGUUGAUAGUGAAUGAGUGUGGGGGAAUGUUAGGAGAUCAAAGUGCCCAAAUUGUAAGAAGCUCUUUUGUUUUCAGUGUAAGAGUCCAUGGCAUUCGGGUUAUCGAUGUGAUGAGAGGGAAGAGAUGA